GCCAAGCGAAAAGAAAUGAGGCAUUGAAUCCUCCGCGGGUGUAACUAUCGAAUGUCGGAAAGGGAGCCAGUUUUGUGGUAUUUAUUCAUUACCUCCUUCUUUCAAACCCAAUCCAUGGGUCGUAAAAUCCACAAUCUUUUGUCGGUACCUAAUUUUUUGUUUUGUUUGGUCUUCUUUUUUUGUCAGGAUCGUCACAAUGCGGACAACUGUCCUUCCAUUCCUGCUCGCCGGCGCUGGCUCGGCGUUGGCCGCGCUGGAAGUCGAUUUCGAGUCAACGAGCUCAAUUAAGGCUGCCGCCAAAGAUGUGGCAUUUGACCUCAUGUCCUACUACAAGGGCAACCAGAGCGGCGAAAUCCCGGGGCUCUUCCCCAUGCCCGACGGCAAGUACGACUGGUGGGCCAACGCGCUUGUGUGGUCGACCAUGAUCGACUACUGGCGCUACACGGGCGAUGACACAUACAACAACGUAACAAUAGAGGGCCUGAUGUUCCAGCGCGGUCCGAGUCUCGAACAACCCUUCCUCCCGGCGAACUACAGCGUAUUCACUUUGAACGAGCACCAGGCUUUAUGGGGCAUAGCCGCCAUGCAGGCCGCCGAGGCUGGCUUCCCUAGCACACCCGAUGGCGCGCCGAGCUGGAUCGAGCUGGCGAAGGCCGUGUUUGAUAGUCAAGCCGCGCGCUACUCGGCCGAGGAGGCGUGCGGCGGUGGUCUGCGCAUGUCCAUAUCGACCCAAUCCGCCCUGUGGAAUAGCAAGGACACCGCAUCCACGGCCAUCUUCCUCAACCUAGGUGCGCGCCUAUAUCGGUUCACCGGCAACGAGACCUACGGCGAGUGGGUCGAGCGGGGCUGGAACUGGCUCACUGCCAUCGGGCUUGUUGACCAACAGAUGAACGUCUGGGACGUGUCCCAUGAUGGCGCGGGCUCGAAGUGGAACUGUUCCGAGUCCACUAUCAUUAAGCUCCGACUCUCCAAUCCCGCAAGCCUGCUCCUCCAGGCGGCCGCCUACAUGACCACCCAGACCCCCAAAUCCGUCGACACCGCCAACUGGCAAGCCCGCCUGCACGCCCUCACCGGCAGCACGCUCACCCACUUCUUCCCCACCACCAACACCAGCAGCCCCAACACCCUCGUCGAGCCCUACUGCGAAAGGUACCCCGAAUCAGUCUGCCACGGCCGGCCCGAGCACUUCUACAAGGGCAUGGCCAUGCGCUACGUCACGGGCGCCGCCGCGCUGGUGCCCGACUUCCGGGGGCCGGAGCACGCCGUCGCGCGCGCCCUGCGCGCGACCGCCGAGGGGGCCGCCGGGGCGUGUAAUGGCGGCGGGGGCCCGGGGGGCCAGGAGGGGCGUGAGUGUGGUUUUCGCUGGACGGGCGGGGAGGCGGCCCGCGAGGACCGUACUAAGGGGGGCGUGGUGAGGGAGUUGAAUGCGCUGGCGGCGGUUAUGGCGCCGUUGGUGGAUGGUGCGGCGGAGUUGUUGCGUGAUGGGGAGGGUGGGGAUGGUGGUGAGGAUGGUGGGGAGGAUGGGAAUGGCGGUGGUGGGGGUCAGGGAGGUGAGGGAGGUGACGGGGGUGAUGGUAAUGGGGAUGGCACGGAGGGAGGGGAUGGGAACGGAGAGAAUGCUGGCGCCUCGACCAAGGCUACCAUGGGGUUGGUGCUGGCUGGGUUGGCUGCUGCGCUGCUUUAGGGAAGAUGGCCAAAUAUACCUACCCAAGCAUAUACGGUGUCGUGUUUCGCAUUUAGGGGUGGGGGGGGUGGAACCGGGCAAGGGAGUCCGGUCCAAAACUGCUCUUAAUGAUGCC